AUGUUGCGCAGUAUCAGACCUCAGCCUCCUACCAGCUCGAGCUCUCAGACUGGUCAAUCCAAUCCUCAGAACGAUCCUUUGGAAGUCAGCACUAUGGCCAACACGAACGAUGCUCCCGCUGGACAUCAGCCCCCUCACGUCGCCAGAUCCGCGGCUCCCAAGACCCCAGACAAACUCGCCGAAACACAGAAGAGACCAUCUGAUCAGAUCUCGGCUUCCCCAACUCCCGGCGCCCAGUCUACACCAGAGUCCGCAACUAAGAAGAGAAAAAUCGAUCCUGUCGCUUCUGGCUCUGCCACCAAUGCCGCAUCCGCUGGCAACAAGAUGCCAGUCAAGCCGUCUUCAGCCAAGAGUACUUCCGACGGCGAGAUCUCAGCCGGCGGACCUUCCAACCCCGGCGGCGCCUCGGAUCCUGGCAAUGCCGCCUAUCAGGCCACUCUCGCUCGCGCCAAAGCUGGCAAGAAGCCAGAGACUCGCUCUGACGAUCCCAAGAGUUCCACUGGAUCUGAUGCUGAUGAGGACGCCUUGAGAGCUAAGCUUCUUGAAAAGAUUCGGGUGCUUGAAGCUCGCAUUGAGGCGAGAGAGGCCAAAUACGGAGGCGACCCUAUUGAGAUCGUGAAACGAUACACUGUCAACUACGGCGAACUCGUGAAGCAGGCCACUGCAGCUGAAGCUUUCCACGAGAGCUUUGUCACAUGUCAACAUCCCGUUGUCCAGGAGGCCGUCUACAACCACACUGUCUUCUACGAGAUGAAGGCUUACAACUCUCUGCGUGGUAAGAUCAAAAUCAGCAAUCUUUGGUUGAAAAGAUUCUAUGACAGAUGCGUGCGCCUCAACGAAAUCUUGGGCGAAGCUUACAAGACCAUGCCCGAUGGUGACCGGUUCAGGGACAACUACAGAGCUGCUGUCAAGGCGGUCCCUCCCAGGCUUACUUGGGACGACAACGGCCGCUUCCACGUCAGCGAACAACCUGUUUUCGUCUCUCAGAUCAACCCCGAAGAGGUCACAGACCUCGACGCGUUGGAUGACGGAGCCGAAGAUCUGGCAGGCCAGCAAAGAGAUCUGGAGGAUGAGGUCGUUCUUGAGGAAGAUUUCGUGAACGUAGAGCUCAUCGAUGAGAAUCUGGGAAACAGAGAUGAUGCAGAGCAAGCUUCCAACGCAGACCAGGAUGAAUUUAUUGACCUUGAGAUCCGCGAUGAGAGACCUCAGGGUACCCAGAAGAAGGCUCUCAAGGUCACAAUCACUUUGGAAUACUGA